CGUGGAGACCUCCGCGGUCCUAGAGCGGAGCAGGAAGUGUCCCGGGGAGGGAGCCGGAGGGUCCGGUCUUUCCUUUUCUCCGCGUCGGGCGGGCUCUGGCGGUGGCCUGUCCUGCACGGCCCGCCAACGGGGACGCGCCGCGGGGGCGCCUCCAUUUGUUCCCACUGGUUUUCUCCCAAGCGGAGCCGUGGUUUUCUGGAUGAGCAGGAGACGGGGCUCGGCUGGCCAGGGACGGAGUCGGGCCCUGCAGAGAGCCCGCCUCGGGAAGGACACCGGGAGGCGGGCCUGGAAGGAUGAGAAGCCGCUGCGGAGACUAAAACCGCCGCAGGAGGGGAUUGAGUUAGACGCCGGGAAGGAGUUCCAGGCUGUGAGCUCAUAUUGUAAAGAUCUCAGGGGCGAGGACGGUGACUUUGGCUCAGAAGCCCCAAGAUAGCAGCCUACUUGGCUCAUCCCUCUCAGGUCCUUUCCAGGAGGACCUGGCCACUGAAGGGUCGUCUUCUGCUGCUGACCCCCAUCAAAUCCCAUCAUGCCCACAGCCCUGUGCCCCCGAGUCUUGGCUCCGAAGGAAAGUGAGGAGCCCAGGAAAAUGAGGAGCCCACCGGGAGAGAGCCCUGGCCCCCAGGGGGAGCUUCCCAGCCCUGAGUCCUCCCGCCGUCUCUUCCGCCGCUUCCGCUACCAGGAGGCGGCGGGCCCCCGCGAGGCCCUGCAGCGCCUCUGGGACCUGUGCCGGGGCUGGCUGCGGCCGGAGCGGCACAGCAAGGAGCAGAUCCUGGAGCUGUUGGUGCUGGAACAGUUCCUGGCCAUCCUGCCCCGCGAGAUCCAAGGCUGGGUGCGGGCCCAGGAGCCCGAGAGUGGCGAGCAGGCUGUGGCCGCCGUGGAGGCACUGGAACGGGAGCCAGGGAGACCCUGGCAGUGGCUCAAGCACUGUGAAGACCCCGUGGUGAUUGACGAUGGUGACGGCCCUCGGGACCAGGAGCAGGACCGGCUGCCAGCAGAGCCCCAGAGCCACCUUGCAAAGAGCCAGGAGGCCCAGCCCUUGGCCCUGUCUCAGGGCCAAGGGCUCCCAAACAGACCUCCAGGCCAGCUCAGCGGAGACACAGUUCCACAAGAGGCAUCCCUGCUUCAGGAAGCCAGCUUGAGGGAUGCACAGCAGGUGACCGCCCUCCAGCUGCCCCUGAACCGGGUUUCUCCCUUCAAAGACAUGAUCUUCUGCUUCUCGGAAGAGGACUGGUCCCUUCUAGAUCCCGCCCAGACUGGCUUCUAUGGGGAGUUCAUCAUCGGAGAGGACUGCGGGGUCUCGCUGCCGCCCAAUGACCCAGCUGCCCAGCUGGAUCUCUCCCAGGGCGAGGAGAACGAGCCGUGCAUUCCGGAGCUGCAGGACCUCCAGGGGAAGGAGGCCACCCAGCCCCCCUGCUUGGACUUUCCAAGUCUCCAGCCGUUCCAGGUUGAAGAAAGAAGAAAACGGGAUGAGCUGCAAGAGUUCCAGGCCUGUGAGCAGACAGCGCUCACUCAGAGCAACUGCCCAGCUGGAGGUGAUGCACCCACCCCCCAGAACGGCCUGGAUGAGGAGGUGACCAUUGAGAUUGUCCUGUCCAGCUCUGGGGACGAAGACUCCCAGCUGGGCCCCUACUGCACAGACGAGCGGCGGAGCCCAGCGGAGAAGCAGCACAGCCUCCCCGCUGCCCAGCAGAGUGGUGCACUGGCGGGGGGUGAAGUACAGACCUCCGGGAAGACCUACGUGUGCCCGAACUGCGGGAAGGUCUUCCGCUGGAGGGUCAACUUCAUCCGGCACCUGCGCAGCCGCAGGGAGCAGGAGAAGCUGCACGAGUGCUCGGUGUGCGGGGAGCUGUUCAGUGACAGUGAGGACCUGGACGGGCACCUAGAGGCCCACGAGGCCCAGAAACCUUUCCGGUGCGGUGCGUGCGGGAAGAGCUUCCGCCUCAACUCUCACCUGCUCUGCCAUAGGCGGGUCCACCUGCCGCUGGGGGGCGGCGAGCAGGGGGAGGCGGGUCCGACAGGUGGGGGCCCUGACCCUGAUGCGCUGCUGGCCAAGGGCCGGACCCGGCUCAAUGUCCAGUGCUGUGACUGCGGGAAGGUGUUCCAGCGGCCCGAACACCUGGCCCGGCACCGUAGCAGUGCACACAUGAAUAAUGAGGCGCGGCCCCUCCGGUGCCGGUACUGUGUCAAAAGCUUCUCGCACAACUCCGACCUCCUGCGCCACCAGCGCCUGCACAUGAAGCGCCGCUCCAAGCAGGCACUGAACUCCUACUGAGUGGCCCCGGACACCCCCACCCCAAGACACACCUGUCCCAGGACAGACCACAUCCUCUUGCCCUUUGCUCUCAGGUAGAAAUGAGAUACUGGCCAACUAAGCUCUUCUGUCACUGCUGUGCCAAAAAGGGCGGAAGGCGUGUUACCACCAGCUUUGACUCGCCCUGCGUUUCUAGGCCAAGAGAACCCAGUCCAGCGCUUCCCAAGCGGGCAGAGGGACUGGGCCACCACCAGGUGACCCCUUGGGGUCCACCCCUUGCCACUGACUCACUACACUCCACCUUGCCCUGUCAACACCCACACCCCCAUCCUGGGGUUCCAGGGUAGCUGCACUUCCCAUCUGAUAGCAAGAAGCUGGUAGGUGGGAUGGUGGGCACGUGGGGAGCAGGGCCAGGCACGCCAAGUCUGCUAUGUCAUCAGAAGUCUGAGUCCCCGUCACUAUCUGGCUCAAAGAACAUCCACGAUUAUCAGGCAGCCCUUUCAGGGUCGCAGCUCCUCGCGAUGGGGAACCGUGUCACCCUUUUAUUUGUGACCAUGGCUGCUGCUUAGGGGUUGCGAGCUCACCAAGAGCAAUGCCCACAUUUUAAACUGUGUGUUGCGCACCCUGCCCAAAUGUUUCUUUGUACCCUGAGGAUUCCCGUUAGUGGUUGUGGGGUAGCAGUGGAGUUGUCCUCAUUUGAAAGGCACUUAAGUUCCCCUUCCCAUUCGGUCAUGCCUGGGGCAGCGCAAACAACCGUGAGUGUCCAUUCACUUAGCAUGCUGGUUGUGUUCAUUUGCUAGAGCUGCCUUAACAAAUACCAAAAACGGGUGGCUUAGGACAGCAGAGACAUCGCUGGAACUGAGGUGGGAAGUCCAAGGUCAAGGGCAGGGCAGGCUGAGUCCCUGUGAGGGAAGACAUGCUCCAUGCCUGUCCCCCAGCUUCUGGUGGUUGUUGGCAGUCGAUGGUGUUCCUUGUAGAAGCAUCACCCCAUCUCAGCCUUCAUCUUCACUUGGUGUCCCGGUGGUCAUGCCUGUCUCCAAAUUUCCCCUUUUUAGAGGACACCAGUCAUUGGAUCACUCCCCUCCCCAAUCCAGUAUGUCCCCUUCUUAAAUAGAACACCUGUGAUGCCCAUAUUUCCAAGGAAGGUCACAUUCUGGUGCACUGGGGUUAGGAUGAUGAGCAUGAAUUUUGAGGGUGGGUAGACAAUUCAACUCACAGCACCAGGUAGCCUGGCGACACUGCCCUCAUCCCCGGUUUACAGAUGAGUCAGCAAACUCAGGUUGGCUUGCUGUCCACUCCACUGGAAACAGCAUUCAGACCAAAGCCUCUGCUUCCAGGGCAGGUGUCCGACAAUAGCUUGAAAGUUUGUGGCCUGGACUUCUGGGCUGAGACUGAUAGUGACAGUGAAACCUUGAGCAAUUAAACCAAUGGUCUUUUUGUUCCUGGAAGACUGGCAAUGUCAGCCAGGGAGUGGCGGUGGCCGGAUCCAAGCCACCAGGUAGGCAUUUGGUGUUUUGUCACGUCCAUCGGCAGGCAGCAAGGCUCCUUGUCACCCAUGUCAUUGUCACAUUGAGAUAUCACUGCCAAAAACCAAGUGGAAGAGCCACAAGGCUUUAUAAUUCUGAUUACUGUGCCUGUGUAGACACCUAUCCACUCAGGAGCAGUAAAUGCAAUAAAACCAUUUGGUCAUACCCUGAACAAGAAAUAAAUAUCAGGACUCUUCGUU